AUGCGAAUAAUUACUGAUAUCAAAGCGUUCAUUAACACGAAGAAGAGCACUGCAUUAUUCGACAACUGCUCAAUGCCUCGUCGUCGUAAACAUACUGACGAUGUUAUAACCGCUUCGUCUACAUCGAUUGAAUCUUUAGAACCAACGCUAAAUAGAUUUGCCGAAGAUACAUCAAUGUUGGGAUUUCGUUAUCUGCACACUAGAUAUAAAACAUGGUUUAGGUGUGUUUGGGCAUUGGUUCUGAUAUUUUUUAUCGGUUUAACAAUCUAUCAAGUGAUCGAGCGGAUUGGUUAUUAUUUCAUUCGCAAUCCGAUUAUCACUACGCGUGCUUAUUACACGCCAUCAAGAAUCGCUUUUCCUACAGUUCUCGUUUGCAACAAAAUGCAACUGAAAUCGUCGAAAAUUGCAAAAUUACAUCCAAAUCUGCUUCGAACGAUGUCACUGAUGUACGAGGAUGAUGGUACACUCACCCGAAACGAAUCCGUUUGGAGAAUGAUCGAGUCGUUUGACAGAAUUGUUCUUUCGAAUGCUUAUAGUAAUGCGUUUCAAACAGUUGAUGACUUCUUCAUGAGUUGCCAAUAUGGUAAAGGAUUAAUGUGCUCAGAUAAUAUUCAAACGGUUCUCACACCGAAUGGAGUAUGCUUCGCUGUAAAGAACAACCUCACAGUCGAGAGACCAGGACCCGAAACGACGCUAUCAUUGCUGUUGAACUUAGAAGUGUAUGAGAUCAUACCUGGUUGGGUUUCCGAACCCGGUGUAAUGGUAUCGAUGUAUGAUCCAUCGGUACCUCCGAGCGGUUAUCUCGGUGAAGGAAUGCACUUGGAGCCCGGUAAAGUGGUUACAAUACCGAUAAAUGAUAUGAGGAAGUUACGAAGACACUCCAGUGAAUGUGGUCGUCAGCAGGUGGGAAAUUUCAAUCGCAGUGAAUAUUCGCACGUUGGGUGCCAAUGGUAUGCCGCAAACAACAACAUCGAGCAAGCUUGUCGUUGUGUAUCGAUGCGAAGUCCACGUCAUCGUCAAACACUCUUCAGUGAGACAUCACAAGUGGAGGAGCAGAAGUUGAACAGCGGUAUCGAGCAGAAAGCACACAAGGACGGUGUAGCAUCAUUCCCGGCAUGCAAUCUCAAACAAGAAUUCAGUUGCGUUAACAAUAUUCUCGCGAAACCAUUCGAUGAGAAGACAUCUGCAGAGCGUGAACAGUGCCCAGAGGACUGCACUGAAGUAUCGUUUACGACGAUCGUCUUCGGGAAUCGUUUGGAUGUGAACGAAAUUGCAAGUUUUCUGCCGGGUGACUGGGAAGAAGAAAAAGAGAAACGUCUAACUAAUUUCCAGAACGCAUUCGACAACCUUCCGAACCACCGGAUUCCCUUGGUUAGGAACAUACAAAAACUUGCAACUGAAGCACAGAGUUUUUUGGAGCAGGCUUUGAAAACCUUUGGAAUCACAGAAAAUAUCACCGAGACACAUUUACCGUGCAUUAUGGAUCAGCAACAUGACCUAGCAACAACCAUCGUUCACUUUCAUGAUAUUGAGCAUAUCUGGGAACAUGUCGCCAGCUAUAUUGAACUGAUAUUUCAAUUUCAUCUUGGUUCGCUGUUUAAAUUACUCCAUAUCGACAUCACUGCUGACUUUUCUCUUUAUUUUGAUAAUAAAUACCGCGACGACGAGGACAAUAAGACUGAUUCAAAAAUUAAAGAGAUAGAAUCUGCAAUAUUCGAUUUACAAUUGAUCGAGUCGUCAAUAAAUCAGCCGAAAAGUGUUUUUGGCUUGAAGUCAUUGAAUUUCGAUGAACGAAAGGCGGUUAUUUCGAAAAUAAUAACCUCGGUAAAGGAGUUACAAGAGUGUUUGAUUGAGAUGCGCAAUGAUUUGGCGAAUAUCAGCGAAUAUCGACGUCAAUGUGUUCAGAUAUUUAAAGAUCAUUACAAUGCUCUACGCGAUGCACGUCUUGUUUCACAACUUCUUUCGACGAAUCUUUUCACCUCAUAUGAAUCGCCAAUGAAAAAAUUAAUUGAAACACUCAAACAUGUCAAAUAUCAAACGCAACCGAAAAUGUUCGAAUGGAAAAAUUUUGACAUAUCACUUCGACAAUUCGAAACAUUGUACAGCGAAGGAGGUAAGGACAGUCAUGAAAUCCAUGAUCUGUUAAAGAUGCGAAAAAUACUUCAAUCCGAUUUAAUUCGUGAGGUCAGAUUUUCGAAGCAUUUUUUUACCUACGAUCCUUUUCAAGAGGGACGCCUAACAAUGAUAAACGAACUCUUAAUUAGUUUCAAUUCGGCGUUAAUGGCUCGCCAAAACUUCCUUAACUUCACGCAACUGCAACCGUUAGCAAAUUCGUCUGAAUAUCAAAUUCAACGUUCCAUCCAGUGUUUACAUACCUUAUUGACAUGCACUCAAACACUCAAGAAGUCGAAUUUUUUGCGUGCUGAAUGGUUGUCGAGAUUACAGCGACAGGUGACAAUCGCGAAGUCGUAUUCACCAAGCCCUCAGUACGAUGAAAUAAAUCUACUCUUCGUAAAGAUAUAUUUUGCUCACUUCAAGCAAGAAGUGAUCACACAAGAACGAUCCUAUAGUUUGUUCCUUCUAUUGGCUGAAAUCGGUGGAACAAUCGGGCUCUACGUUGGUGCGACAUUGUUGACAGUGGCCGAAACAAUUGUGUUCUUCAUUGAGAAGCGAACAAGAAAACUACUUAUUAUGCCAACAGAUCUUUGA